UCCCGAGCGCACUUUUUAUCUUCUGUUGUCGUUGUCUGCCAUCUUAUACCAUGAAUGAUAGCCAUCCGCGGGAACUUCUCAGCAGUACUGCAUCCAUCGUUCUAUCAUUGUGGUUUUCCUUUUCUGGCUUAGCAGCUGUGACUGGAAAUGCAGCUGUCCUUUGGCUGUUUUGCAAAAAUGAUUCAUUUCGAACAAUUUCCAACCGAUAUUUAGCCUCCCUAUCCGUUGCAGACCUUUCAGUCGGGCUUUUUGUGGACCCACUGUGGAUUGUCAUCAGAUGUUGGAUUAAGCCGGAAGUUUCCACAGUUUUAUACGACAUUAUACAAGUGCUGUGGGUUUACACCACCGCCGCCACUACUUUCAACAUUUGCUGUGUUUCCGUCGACCGGUUUAUUUCCAUUCGGUUUCCUUUCCGUUAUCAGGACAUUAUGACCAAGAAAAGAUGUUACGCGCUUAUAAUUUUGGUGUGGUCAAUCUCCUUGGGUCUUUCCUUCUCGUUGCUUUUGCAGAAUGGUGAAAAUGUUGAAAUAUUCUUUUUGUCGUUACCAAGCAUAAUCUUCGUUUUUCCAUUGUUAGUUGUCUCCUUUUGCUAUAUUAGUAUUUUCAAGGCUGCCAGAAAACAAUAUAAAACAAUUUCAGUGCGGGUAAGUCCGCAAAACUGCGACGAAAAUAUCAGACUUCUUUUCUUGCAAAAUUUCAAAGCUAUCAAAACAGUCGGUUUUGUUUUGGGUGCUUGUGUUAUCACAUGGAUGCCUAGUUUAGCUCUCUAUAUAGUUAGCUCUUACCAUCUCCAUGUGACAGACCAGAGUAUGACUUUUAAAUCAUUGGUCGAUAUUGCGUGGCCUUGGGCUGAGGCAAUCGCUUUUACUUCAUCAGCGAUCAACCCAUUCAUAUACUACUUCAGAAACAGCGAAUUUCGCCGAGUUUUUCGCCGAUACUUUCAGCAGUUGCCCUGUCUUCACGCGAAAAUUUCAACCGAUAAUGACCUGAAACCAGGAGGAAACCGAAUGGUACGAGAUGGAAGAACUAAUGGGAACUUAGCAUGAAAAGAGAAAGAGAAGUGAAGACGACUCGAGUAUAACAUUACUCAGCCCACCAGCAAACCUGGUCGGCCUUCAUGAACAGAUUAAUUUAGCACUUUGACCCCUAAGAGUGAUUAGGAUCUUAU